ACGAAAACGAAGAAGAAAAAUACUUGAAAAAAGGAGAAAAGUUAGUGCCAGUGAAUUUAAUUAAAAGUUCGCUGGCUGCACGCUGAACUUACCGAAAUGUAUGCAGUAAUUUUACCGAAAUAUAGACUAAGUGUGCCUAGCAUGCCGCCGCCGCUGCCGUCAUCCAUUAACAUGGAAGAUGGGAAUCAGCAGCAGUAUGUGGAAAUGACCUACAAGCAAGUUUGCAUUGACCUGGAGAGGGCCACUCAGUGUAUAACACAAAUAUUACAGAGUGAAGUGGAGUCAAACAAGCAGCUGAAAUUGAAGAUCGAUCAACUUCAGAACGGCUUGGAGGAAAAGGACAAAUUACUGACACAGGCCAACCAGACUGUCACAUACCUGAGGAAUGAACUGAUGAACCUACAUCAGCGACUGCAGAGUACCAACAGUGCAUCCAAGGAAGUGAAGGGAGGCUAUGAUGGUGAACUUAAAACUGAGGUUAAAGAAGAAGCUGAUAAUGAUGGAUAUGGGGACUCCAGUGGAGCUGAACUGAUACAGACUGUGCUGGUGUUAUCGGAUGGGCAGAGGCUGCUGCUGCCCCCUAUCUCUGGAGAUGGGGAUGACAUGUACAGUCAGUCUGGAAAAGGUUCCUCCAGUCAGUCACCAGGCCCCCCCUCCUCAAGGAGGAAGUUCCCCUGCCCUGUGUGUGGAAAAGGCUUCCGCUUCCGAUACGACCUCAACAUGCACCACAAGCGCCUUCACACGUGUCACAAGCAACCAUGUGCUUCGUCUUCACCAGCUGUUCACACAGCAUCCUCGAUCCCAGAGCGACUCUAUGCCUGUGCUUACUGCCCCAAGCGCUACGUGAGCCCUGGCAACCUCCGCUCCCACGAGCGCUCCCAUGUGAGGUCAAAGUCGCACGCCUGCCCUAAGUGCCGCCGCACCUUCCUCUACAAGAAGCAGCUGGUGGCCCACUUACACACGCACGUCCACGACAGCGACCCCGUCCGCCCAAGGCCACGGCACGCCCGACCGCCCUCCGCCUACUUCGCGUCGCGCCGAGCCGCCGAGGCGCUUACCAGAAGGUUCCAGUGCUUCAUGUGCCCGAGAGCCUUCACGGACAGGCUGCAGCUGGACACCCACAGGCGGCAGCGGCACAACUCCACGAUGAUUGCCCCGGUGAAGGCGAAGAGGACGUCGGCGUACGCCUGUGGCUUGUGCCAGGAGAGGUUCACCUCCAGCUGUCGGCGAGCGGAGCACGAGCGCACGGCGCACGCCAAGGAGGAGUCCGAGUUCGUCUGCCCGCUGACCAGCUGCGGGAGAAGGUUCCGGAUGGAGGAGGCCCUGAUCACCCACGAGUGGCACGCCCACAAGCGGAAGCCGCAGAAGAGGAAGUUGUCCGCCUGCACGCUGUGCGGACACAAGUACACGGGCCUGUUCGAUCUGCUCAAACACACGCGCAGGCACACGGCAGAGAGUGGAGGGAGCGUUCACACAGGACCGGGUGGAGAGAGCGUUCACGCAGGACAGGGUGGAGGAAGCGUUCACACAGGACAGGGUGGAGAGAGUAGAGGGAGCGUUCACACAGGACAGGGUGGAGGGAGCGUUCACACAGGACAUGGUGGAGGGAGCGUUCACACAGGACAGGGUGGAGGGAGCGUUCACGCAGGACAGGGUGGAGAGAGUAGAGGGAGCGUUCACGCAGGACAGGGUGGAGGGAGCGUUCACGCAGGACAGGGUGGAGAGAGUAGAGGGAGCGUUCACACAGGACAGGGUGGAGGGAGCGUUCACACAGGACAGGGUGGAGGGAGCGUUCACACAGGACAGGGUGGAGGGAGCGUUCACACAGGACAGGGUGGAGAGAGUAGAGGGAGCGUUCACACAGGACAGGGUGGAGGGAGCGUUCACACAGGACAGGGUGGAGAGAGUAGAGGGAGCGUUCACACAGGACAGGGUGGAGGGAGCGUUCACACAGGACAGGGUGGAGGGAGCGUUCACACAGGACAGGGUGGAGAGAGUAGAGGGAGCGUUCACACAGGACAGGGUGGAGAGAGCGUUCACACAGGACAGGGUGGAGGGAGCGUUCACACAUAGUCUUGCUCCUGACAUGACAAGAGAUUUCACUGUACAUGCCAAACAGACAAUAAACCAUUUCUGUCUUAAAGGUGCUCUAAGCGAUGCCAAUGUGUUUUUAAAGGUGCUCUAAGCGAUGCCAAUGCGUUUCUGUGUUAAAGGUGCU